GUGGAUCAGUGGAGUGUUCCUUCGGUGUCAAUAAAAUCCAUAAUAAACAGAUGUGAUUUCUAUUUCGUGAUUAAUUUUGCAUUAUUUCAAGCAUAUCUCCUUGUUCGAAAUCCAGUGAAAAGUUUGAACUGAUGAAAUCUAAAGGUUGUGGUAACAGCAGUGAAAUGAACGGAAGCAAUUCCUCGGGAACUUUAAAUUACCAAUUCAUGAUGAAUUCAUCAUUGAAUAAGGCUCAUCAGCAAGAGAGGAAGGCGGAAGCCCUACUAAAUAAGAAAAAAUUCGAGGAAUGUAUUGAAUGCCAUAAAAAUGCAAUUUCCCUCUUCACUGAAGCAAUGACUAAAACGACGGAUAAAAAGGUCCUCUUAUCGUUGCAACUUCAAAAAAAAUAUAAUGAAAAACAAAUUGCAGCAGUUAAAAUGCAACAAAUGCAAAAAGAGAAAGUUCUCAAGAACAGAAACAGUUCGUUGUCUAGUUUCGAUUUAGAAAGUGAAGAUGGUGAAUCUGCUUUGAAAACCGCAAUAUUUCAGAAUAUCAUAGUUCAAGAUUCACUGAUUGACCGUUUAGAACGAAGACGACUAGGCAAUGAAAACGACAGUUCUACUAGCGACACCGACGAUAAGAGUUUGAAAUACGACAAAAUUGUCGACGAAUUCAAAACUCUAGGUAACAAACAUCCGAAAGAUGACAGAACAACAAUAGAAGAACUGAAAAUUUUACGUAAUCAAUUACAAGACCUCGUACAGAUAUUGGUAACGCAACUGGACGAACGUAAUAAAGAAAUCGAUCAAUUAAAAUCCAGAAUCAAGCAUUUGGAACAUCAUCAAGAUGGUAAAAAUAGCAGUCUUAAGGUUGUGACAGAUUCUUCUGGAGGUACGUCACCAUAUAUUUUCUCGCCAUGCAGUGAGCUGAGUCCCGAUGUUAACGAUUUGGGAUCUUUACCGUCGCUUAUGCCACUCGAACUCCCCAAAUUCGAUUAUAACAUGGGGGAAACAAACAAUGCAGAUUCUGCAAAUAAUGUUAAUAAUAAUUGAGUAUAUUAUUGGAUAUGGCUGAAAAUUCUAUUAUGGCGUUGUUAAUAAAGAUUGCUGAAUGUUG